AGAUCUUGCUGAAACGUCGCGAAAUCCUGCCUACGCCUUUUUAAGCGACGUUGACACUAAAUGCCGCUGAGAGCUUCGACCCGUCAUCGUGAAGGGGGAAAAAAUUCAGCAACUGUAGUGCGACGGCACGUGUGUUUUAGACCCUGUCACUUAUGAAAGAAAGGCGCCUCGAGCGCCAAGCCCUUGACAAGGCUUUCAACGUUGGGGCUCACUUCGUCAUGGCCCCAGUGAGAAUGCAUUUGAAGACUAGGAUGCGAGAUAUCUAAUGUGGACGUUCAUUGAACAAUUUCAGCUUUCGCCUUCUCUUAAACCAGUCAAAAUGAAGUUCAUCAACAUCCUCGUUCUCGCUACCGCCGCCAGUGCCCUGGUGAUGCCUCGUCACCACGCCGGUCAGAAGGCAAACGGUGGCAAGAAUGUAGCAGCAGCUGGUGCUAACGCCGGCGCCAAUGCCAACGCGGCGAACGCCAACAACGCCGCCGCAGCCGGUGCCGCUACCGGCAAAGCUGCCAAGGCUGCUAAGGCUAAUGCCGCCGCCGCCAAUGCUAACGCCAAGAGACACCAUGCUGGACAAAAGGCCAACAAGGGCGCUAAGGGAGCAAAUGCCGCCGCUGCUAAAGCCAAUGCCAACAACGCUAAGCGACAUCACGCCGGACAAAAGGCUUCUGGUGCUACUGCGACGAAGGCAACGAAGGCGAAGGGCAACAAAGCUGCUGCUAAGGCUGCUGCCGCGUCCUCUUCCGCUGCCGCCGCCGCUGCUGCCGCCACAUCCGCUGCCGCUGCCGCUGCAGCUUAAAUUUAAUAGCCUCUCGGAUACCUUAGCUACGAGAUGUGGAUUCUUGGAUUUACUGGGUCCCGCAAUGAUUUCUCGGGUUGCCGACCUAGUGUUGGGCAUAUAACUCGGGAUGUUCAUAGGAAACUAUAGAUUAGUGCGCAUGAGCAGAGUGUACAUACAAUAAGGAAUGAAGAUAAUGGGCGAGAUCGUCUACUGGAUAUUUUGACCUGU